CCAGACAAAAUCAAAGAUGCAUCAUACCCAUUUGAUCAGGCCCAUGCGGAUAUCAUUCUACGAUCCUCGGAUUCCGUCGAUUUUCGCGUGCAUAAGACAAUCCUUUGGGUUGCAUCCUCGGUCUUCAGAGACAUGCUCUGUUUACCACAGCCUUCUCAGUCAAAGGAUGAUGAAUGCCGCGAUGGCCUGCCAGUUGUCAUGCUCGAGGAGGAUGCAAAGACACUUAACUUUAUCCUUCGAACUAUCUAUCCAGUGCGAUCACCAACAAUUGGAGGCUUGGACGACCUUUAUCCCGUGUUCCAUACUGUGCAGAAGUACUGUUUUGAGGCGUUCGAGGGUUUUGUGGAGGAACAGCUGAAUGCUGCAUUGCAACGGGAGCCCAUUAGUGUGUAUGCAAUUGCUUGCCAGUACGAAUUUGAUGAUAUAGCGCAGAGAGCGGCGGAGGCCAGUUUGGCACUGCCAUCGGUGACACACUCCCAAUACCUUAAACAAAUCUCUGGCGAGCAAUACUCCCGUCUCAUUCAGUAUCAUCGCGACUGUGUCAAUGCCGUGGACAAAGUGCUUUCCUCUGAUGAGUGGUUUGCAACUUGCCCCGACAUUUUUUUCGAUGGUAGUCCUGCGGCCCCGUGUUCCACGUGC